GGAAGCAGUCAAGAGUGGCAGUUGGAGGGAGCAAAGAGACUUCUGGGAGAUAGAGCUUUGGAGGGGGUCUUUUGCCCUCAAAAAGAGAUUCAUGAGACCCAGGAGCAAAGGACCUGAGCUUGGGACCCCUAAUCUGUGGUGCCAGAGCCUUGCCUCCAUUUUCCCCUUGCCUUGGAAGACAGAAAGAUCCCUGACAUCUCUGGAUCAUUGAUUAAAGAAGCAAAGAGAACAACAACUGUUGCUGAGGGGUGCUUUACCCCUGAACUCCCAUCCUAUACAUUUUCCUUACCAAGAAGGACACUAGUGACCUGUUUAGAGUAGGAUAGAGAAGUGAGGAGAGAGGAAGGAGGAAAAGAAACACUGAAGCCUGAGCCAGUAUGUGUGGCUGAAGAAAGAAGUGACAAACUGCUAACUUAAUCUUAUUCUCCAACCUGAGAUUGGCCCUCACUAGAGACCAGAAUGGACACCAAGCUGAGCUUCUUUCGAAUGGAGUCCUUGGCUCUAGGCUUCCUUCUCCUGGCCCUGUUGGCUCAGGGAAUAGAAGGCGCUGUUGUCAGAUCUCCCUGCAAACUUCCAAAAUCUGAGUUUCAUCUAAACGAGAUCAGUAACCAAAUCGUCAACAUGUCUCAAAUGGCCAGUUUGGAAGAUAUGGAUACCAGCACUCGAUUCAUUGACUCUUCCCUGUUCCAAGAUGUUGCAACCGUAGAUCGCUGUUAUGUCAUGAAGCUUGUUCUGGACUUUGCCUUGAGUGAAGGAGUGAAGCCUUAUGGAGACAAAUUCCAGCCAUACACGCAACAUGUGUUUAACUUCCUGACUAGUCUUAAAUCCAAGCUGAGCAAAUGUGUUAUGAAGUUUGAUAACAUUCAUGUCCUGGAAAAAAUCGCAGCCAUGAAGAACAAACUAAAACAGAUAGGAAAAGAUGGAGGGAUAAAAAUAGUCAGUGAACUGGAUUUGCUGUUCCUAUACCUGAAAAAAAGCUGUUCCUAAUAUACUCGACAAAAAACAGGAAGAAUGGAUAAAGGAAAUCUAAGGCUUCAGAAGAUCAAAUGGGAAGCUAGAAUGAAUUUUUUUUUCUCAAAAAGUCAAUUAGAAAGCCAAAAUUCUAGCAUAAAUGUGCCAUGGAUUGACUAAGUGGAAAACUCCAUCCUAUUGUUAAUAUAUAUUAUCUGUUUAUGAGUCCCAAGGGUGAACUUGGGAAACCUUGAGGGGCUAUAGAGCUGAAUGUUAGUCUGGUGGGGAAUUUUAUGCACAAAAUAUAAUUAAUUUAUUUUUUUAAAAUGACCACUAUACACAUUUGUUGAAUCCUUCCUAAUCUUGUCAGGGGAAAAAUUCUUCUUAAUGUUAACUUUGUAUUUAUUAAUGCUUUAAUUGUGUAUUUUAUUUAUAAUGAUUUCAAUGAUUUCAAUUAUAUGAAUUUAUUUAUUGAAAACAUCAAAAGCUAUUAACUGACUUUGAGACUAGUACAUAUAUACGUAAAUGUGUAUAUAUGUAAUUAUAUAGCUAUAAUAUAU